GCCCAGUCAUUUUGACUCUGCGCCUGCGCUCGGCCUUUCCAGCUCUCUGUGCCACCCAGGAUGGCUCUUAGGGGACUUCUCUUCAGGGCGGAGAAAGUAUUUCCGCUUCCUGCGUCAUGGCCGACUGUAGUCCGGGAGAUAUUUCUGCUGCUAACGGCGGAAAGAGAGUACAGUUUGGCACUCGGUUCUUGAACGAUCCGGCCCGUGUUUUCCACCAUAAUGCCUGGGACAACGUGGAAUGGUCCGAAGAGCAGGAGGCGGCGGCGGAGAAGAGAGUCCAGGAGAACAGCGCCCAGCGGGUGCCGCCCGAAAAGCAAGUUGAAUAUGAGGUCAAUGCACAUGAAUACUGGAAUAACUUCUACAAAAUCCACGAAAAUGGGUUUUUCAAAGAUAGACACUGGCUUUUUACUGAAUUUCCUGAACUGACUCCUCGCCAGAACCAAAGUAACCUGAAGAGCUUGCUGUUAAAAGACAGUGGCCAUGAAAUAACAGAACACAGAGACUGUGGAGAUGGGCUUGGGUUAAUAGUAUCUAAUACUCAAGAGCAGCACAAGGCUUCUUCAUACAGCCUUGAUCAUAAGGAGCAGAAGCACCCCAUAGAUGAAGCAACUCAGAAACUCUGUCAUCUGGAUAUAAAUACUGAUGGCUAUCCUGGUUCCUCAGCCACCUACCGCAUACUAGAGGUUGGCUGUGGUGUGGGAAACACAGUCUUCCCAAUUUUACAUACUAACAAUGAUCCAGGACUCUUUGUAUAUUGCUGUGACUUUUCUACCACAGCUGUAGAUCUUGUCCAGACAAAUUCAGAGUAUGAUCCUUCUCGAUGUUUUGCCUUCGUUCACGAUCUGUGUGAUGAGGAUAAGAGUUACCCGAUGCCCAGGGAGAGUCUUGAUAUCAUUAUUCUCAUCUUUGUCCUUUCAUCAAUUGUCCCAGACAAGAUGCAGAAUGCCAUCAACCGACUGAGCUAUCUUUUGAAACCUGGAGGGAUGAUUCUCUUGCGAGAUUAUGGCCGUUAUGACAUGGCUCAGCUCCGAUUUAAAACAGGUCGAUGUUUGUCUGAAAAUUUUUAUGUGAGAGGUGAUGGUACCAGAGUUUACUUCUUCACACAAGAUGAACUAGAUACACUCUUCACUACUGCUGGAUUGGAAAAAGUUCAGAACAUGGUGGAUCACCGGCUCCAAGUAAACCGGGGGAAACAGCUAACAAUGUAUCGAGUUUGGAUCCAGUGCAAAUACCGCAAACCCUUUUCCCCAAACAGGAGCUGAGAGGAAAACAGCUAUUUAUCUUGUUAGACGUGGGAAUGAGCGCCGCACUAACAAGUGAUACGUUUCUGUGCCUUUUGUAAGAAUGCAGGAUUUCUAUGAUCACAGUGUUUGUUUCAAGUUCUUGUUGAAUAUUUUAAGGAUCUGUAGAUGAGAAAGCUUUGAAUUUGAAAAAUUACUUUUUAUCUGCAAUUCUUAUUUGAGCAUUUCUUUUGACUUCGUAUGUUUGCAAAGUGCUUUAGGAGUGGUUUUAUUCUUUUCCUGCAUUCUUGGCCUGAUGUCUUAACGAAGCCUUGCUGUCUCUUAACACCUGAAAAAGACUAUCUGUGGAAACCUUGAAAUGUGUAAACUCCAAGGAGUUAAUUUACAACAAGCCUUCAACUUGGCCUUUGGCACCAUAUUUAUGAUACUGUGUGCUAGAGUUAAGAUAAGAUACUGGGCCAAAUUUCCUGUCAUUAGUUUUUUGUUUUGUUUUUUAAUAAAAAUGAACAGAUGAGUCCAUUAGAGUACAAGCAUAGAUCAUCUUUGAAGCACCUUCUUGGUCUUAACAAUUCAAGUUUUGUUGAUGACGUAGUUUGGAGAAAAGAAUAGGAAAGACAGAUAAGAAAAGUCAUUCCAAUCUUGAGGUUAGUUGACUGAAGAAGCUUUUGUUUUUUCAACACUUUAAAUUUAUUCUACAUUUACGAAGGUUGGAGCUUGAUGCAAUGGAAGACCUUUGUACUUGUAAUUAGUGUAGACCUGAUUUUGAAUCCUUAAUUAGCCUUGCACCUUAGAUGAAUUAUUUAACCCUUCUAAGCCCCUUACAUCACCUGUAAAGUGAAACAGUGCUACUUGAGAUCCAGACAUAAAUUUCCUCUUGGUCCUUGUAGAGUAUGAAUCCAUUUUGAGGAUUUCAUCUAGGGUAAUUUUGAAGCACCUCACAUUUUCAAGACCCUCUGAAGAGAUUCUCCAUCUAGUAUUCUCUUUCUUGAAUAUCCUAGUUUUGCCUUAAGGAAUCCCCUG